CUACCUACCAGUGUCUGCAACAGUGCAGCACUGCCCUUGUUCAUCCUCCCUUACAGCUAAGCUCAUGUCUAAAAAAGAAUAUAGAGAUGAAAAGUCCAAGUAUUCAGAUGACGAACUCUAUAAUAAUGACAAUGUGCUGAAUGCCAUUCGACGAGGUGACUGGGCAAGUCUUCGGUCGUUGAGCCUAAGACCUGGCGGUUUCGGAGAGGAUAGGAGGCAUGCUUGGCCGUUCUUGUUGCAUUCUGAGAAGGACGAAGGGUCUACCGCAGUAAAGGAGACUGAUAGUGUUCAAUCUCCUCUGCGAAGACGUCGACGAGGAAGAUCAUCAUCUAUCACUGUGAAGAAGGAGGAUGCCAGCAGUGAUCCUGUUGAGGCUGCGCCAAGCUCCUUGAGCACAGAAUCUCAUCCUGAUGAACACCAAAUCAAGCUCGAUACCGACCGCAGUUUUGUGCUCUAUUCAGUAGAGGGUGAAAUGAGUCGUGAAAUACUCCAGGCAGACUUGAACGACCUCAUUAUGUCUGUAUUCCGAAGACAUCCACGACUAAGCUAUUUCCAGGGUUACCAUGACAUUAUUACCGUCUUAUUCCUGACUUUGCCUGAAAGCGACCAGCUAUUGUGCUCGGAAAAGAUGAGCCUACACCGCCUGCGCGACGCAAUGGGGAAAGGUUUGGAACCGUUGUUAGGACUCCUACAAAUUUUGAAAUAUCUGCUUCGACUGGUGGAUUCGGACUACGCAGCUCUUCUAGAAAGGAAUACCCCACUACCCUAUUUUGCUCUGUCGAACCUGCUCACCCUCUUCUCACAUGAUGUACCAACUCUACCGCUAAUUCAGCACGUAUUUGACUUCCUUCUCUGCCGACCGCCAAUUAUCAUCGUUUAUUUAGUAGCUGCUGUUACUCUUGUCCGCAAAGAUGAGGCCUUCAGGAUGGAGCAAGAAGGCGAAGACGGCAUGCUCCAUUCUCUUCUUAGCUCACUUCCUGAUCUGUCCGACGGAGACUACGCGCAUAAUUCAAAACACAAAACAAUUGACAAUACUAUCCUUCAAGUAGACCUUGUUGAGCCCGAUUCCCCUAAGAAGGAACCUGUCCCCGAGGUUAUACAUUCUGAAUUGCCAACGACGGAAGUGGCGGAUGUCCGCAGUGAUGGAUUCGAACUCCAAACCGAGGCGACCGAAGCCAAACUGAAUAUUGACCAAAUUGGUUCGGAUAGUGGGACCAGUGAAGCGACUUCUUCAGGUUCAAUUCCUCAGGAAACAGAGAGAAUGGAAGGCUCGACUAGCGCGCAUCACGUUAGAACGGAGUCCGUGUCGUCACAACAAACGGAUGAAUCGCAUUCUGCGGCCAUGCCGGGAUCUUCCAUCGUCUCGGACCUAUCUUCCUCAGACCUGAGAUCUUCCGACGAACCGGAAGCGGGGACGUCAUCUCGCCCCGCGUCCCCGUAUUCCCAGGCAGCUGCCGAUCAUGGACCAACCCGACAAUCGGUUUCUCUCCCUGCCAUACUGCAGCAUGCAGAUGCGCUUUUCGCACAAUACCCGCCAACUCAUCCUGCCUUACACAUCUCCGAAAUCAUGGGUCCGAAGAGUGUGAUGAACACUUGGUCCGAAGACCCGCAAAAUCUCAUGUCGGACGCAGAGGCUGAAGCCGUUGUCUCGCAUCCAGAACUGAUCGCACUUCCAUUCGUCGAUCCAGAUGAAGCAGCAGCCCAUAAAGAGGCAGAAGAAAGCGCCUCCAACGUCGGACGCAUCCGGCGAAAGCUCCGGAAACGAAUGCGCAGAAAGCACUUCGGCGUGCGCCUAGACAAGAAAACCGUGUUUACUGGCACGGUCGUAGCGCUAAGCGUCGCCGCCGCCAUUUAUUCCAUGCGCGGAAAGAAUGGGAACGGCGGAAUACUGCAUAUCUCCAGGUCAGAUAGGUCAGUACGGAAAACGGCGAAGGUGGUUAGUGAAAUUUUGAUCGGUGGUAGUGAGCGUUUAUUGGAGACCUUCGGCUGGUAGAAUUGCAUAUAAGAACUUGAUGGUUUCAUUCUGCAAUAUAUUAAUCCUUGAUAUGUUUUAUUGGUAACACUUCGAAAUGGGCAAAACCGG